AUGCUUUCAACAUUGAUAACCUUUGGAUUCUUGAUAAUAUUCUUAUCAUCGGCGUCCACCGAUAGCGAUGACAUAUGGAAAGUAGAAAUAGGCACGAGUAGUAUGGGUCGAAUCAAAUAUGAAGAUGGUGAAGUAGUUCUUUAUCAAAAUCGAUUAAAGCCAACUGAUAUCUUUUUCACUCCAUUCCCCCGUGUUGAUCCGACAACUAGCAAUUGUCUUGAGAAUAUUCUUAGUGGAUACAUUGAAUUAAACCUUUCCGUCGAACUUUAUACUUCUCGACUUGUUCAAGCUGUGAAAAGCUAUUUGAAACAAUACUUUUCUGAAUUAUGUGCACAAAAUGUAACAUGUGAUGUUUCUUUACUACCAAUGAGUGCUGUUCGGCUGGUUCAAAAAGGUCUCCGGACAAGUAAAACAAGAGAAUUAUACACGAUUGACGAUGAAUGGCAUUCAAAUACUCUACUUCUUCAAGCAAUUGAUUUCGUUAUAUAUACAACAAAUCAAACUGCUUGUGAAAGACUUCGUUUAUCGAUUGUUGAAAGAUGCUAUCUUUCAAAUUUUGAAAUUCAUUAUACUCUUCAUUCGGAGAAAACCGUCGAACGACAAGUGGAAAUUUCUACUGAACAGGUCACAUCAACAGACAUGUUUAAUAAAAUACAUUCUCGGUUCUCUCAAUCCGAUACAGUAGCACUUACUGGUGGUGAUUUUAAACAGUUGAUUAAUGAAGUUACUGAUAAAGUCACUAUGAAAUUACGUGUACAGGAAGGUUUUGAUGCCAAAAUACAAGAUCCAAUAGAUCUUGGCAAAUUAAUUGAACGACAACUACAAUUUAAACAGGUUCACCUGGAGAAAAUGAAUGAUCAAGUCUGGGAAUCACUUUAUUGGACACGUGAGCAAACUCGACCAGAUGCUUUAGCCAAAGUCGUAAAUACCAUAAUUCGCAAAAACUCAACUGAUGGAAAACAUUUUAUUUACGACAGUCAAGCAGCUAAAAAUGCUCAGAAACUUCAUUUGACCCAACAUGAUAUCGAUAAAUUCGAUCAACUAGACAAAUUCUUGGGAACGUAUGCCCACUCUACUGCAUCAUCCAAUUCGCACGAUAGUAGUUCAAAGGGCGGUCUUUCAUUUGGUUUUAAAGGCUUUAAAUUCGGUAGUAGCCGCUCGGGAACUAGCCAAUCACAGUCGCAAAAUUCUGAAAAUCUUAACACAGUGACAGAUACGCUGCACAACUUAAAGACAGACAAAGAUCAUUUGAAUAGUAUCAAGACUGAUGUACUCAAUGAUACACAGCAUACACUCACACGUGACGAUGUUGAAGCUUAUCUGAGCGAACUGUCCGAUCAUAUACAAAUAGAAGGUGAAUUAAUCCGUCCGAAACCAAUUGAUGUUCAUCUGGUUAAAUUGAGUACAUUGAGAGUUGCAACAAAACUUCUGUCACAUAGCAUUCUCGUUCGUACCCGUACUAUUGUUCAUGUUCUACCACUUCGAUGUCCAUCCGCGGAGAAAACAACAGCUGCUGAUAACAUAACUACUAAGUAUGAUUGGCUCGUCGAUGACGUCGGUGAAUUGAAACAAACUAUUAAAAAUCUCACGAAUCAACUGGAUCAAUCUAGGCAACAAAUGUUGUCGUAUACUGCUAAAAUUGACAAUUGGACGAAGAAUGCCGAUGAGUUCAAAAGUCGAAUGGAAGAAUUUCAAAAAGAAAUUGCAGAAAAGCAAAGACAUAUGUCAAGCAAAAUUUUUAAUCUCUCUCAGCCGGCAAGUUAUGUUACUAAUAUCACUCGACUUGAGAAUCAUAUUAAAGAACUACAAAGCACAACCAAUCAGCAGUACAGUACACUACAAAACAAAGUUACAGUUUUACAAGGAGCUAUUGGCUCAACAGCAGAUGCAGAUUUAGCACAAAUUACAAUAUCAUUGCCAACAAUUUUAAGUAAAUUAAAAUGGGAUUUUGCCCAAAACACAAAUCUUGAACAACAUAAUUCAGAAGCCGUUCCUUUUGCAAAAAUGGAGGAGAAAUUCAGCCAAGUUAUAAACGAUCUAACAUAUAUACGAGUCAGAACUGUCUAUGCAUGCCGAGUUUGCUUUCAAGAGACAGAAGGAUCAUCUCAAUGUCAAGGAAACCGAAAUUCCUGUUCUGGUUGGAGCACAAGUCCACAAUGGACGGCGCAUUAUCGUGAUGACACUGACGGUCGAGCUGGUGGUUGUGCAUAUUUUUGGAAAAUCGAAUGUCUUACAGGAGUUUGA